AUGGAAAUGUGCGAAGGAGAGAGAAACGCGACCACCGGCGAACUGUCAGACAAAAAGAAGCUCUUGUUAGCGACUAGUGCAGCUGCAGCUAGAGCUUGUUUAAAUGGUAGCACAUCUUCGUGGUCUACAACUUCCGGGUCUUCCUGUUGUUCCGAAGAGGUGGACCAAAAUCCGGCCGAAGAUAAGGCAAACGCCACUUCUCCUCCCGUCAGUAUCCAGAUCCCCGCGGUAAAACAGCGGGUCGACACGACCGAGCGGCUUUCUCAGUGGGUUGUCCGGUUCUUGUUUCGCGAGCAGAGUUAUGAAAUGUAAAAGCAUCGUACUAGUAGAAAUCGCAUGACAAAUUCCCUCAGCAUGAAAAAUGGAAUUUGUAGUGCGGAUUUAGGUUAAGAAGGAGAUUUGUAAUGCAUGACUGCGAUUACUACGAGUGCGAUACUUUUGCACAGCAUAAGAGUAACAGCAACACUGCCUGCUGGGAGACGCUGCAUCGCGAGCUGCGGUUGGCCGCUGAGCAGGAACGCGAUAAUUUUGCUUUGAUGGCGGCAGCAGCUGGGGCUUCUGACGUACAUGGAUCAUCUGCUCGUAGCAGUGCAGUAGAUUUUAACAACGACGAGCAAACCGACAUUGAUAAUACUAACACCCCGCUUCUGGAUUUUCACUUCCCAAGCCCCAGAAAUCUCCGAACCGAGGCGGAAGAAUUCCGCUUUCCGCAGUUCGGCGCGGGUGCUGGAUCCUCGAACAGGAAGCUGAUCGACCUGCACAGUGCGAGAGAGGAAGCCGGAGAUAACGCACACAUCCACCAGCACAACAACUUGGCGCCCCUCCACAUCCGCCUGCCACCCCCGGGCUUGGAAGUAGAUCAAGGAGCACGGGGUGCUGGAAUGCUACUACCAAGUCGCCCGAAGAACAGUGCGUUACUUAUCCCGACGGAAUUUUUGAGCCCACCGGCUGUACGGGGGCAAGAAGUAGAUGAGCUGCUCGUGGAGCCCGGAACUUUGGAAGCCAUGUUCGUCGAGCACCGACUUUCCUACGAGGAUGAGAACCAUGACAGCGUGUAUCUGCUGACGCUUGAACGGGAAGAUGCUGAGGAGGAGGCGGAGAACGUCGACGCUUUUGAUCGUAGAACAGCCCGGCGAGCUGAUCGUAGAACAGCCCGGCGAGACCACGCGGGCUGGGUUCAGCCACCUCCAACGCCGGGACCUGAUCAACUUCGAUUUCCAGAUUUGGAUUUUGACGCCUGGCUAGCGAGGAAUCUUCCCGCGAAAGGGAAAGGAAAAGCGAAAGCGCUAGAUCACCUGACUGAAGACAAAUCGAUCUCCUUCGACGCUGGGCGGGUUAAUAUGGUCGACCCACAGCAUCAAGACGUCGAUCCUGUCGAAGUAGGAUCUUCACGACCACCCGCCGACGCGUCUACCUUUUUCCCUGCUUUUUCCGACUUGCGCACGUUAUUUCGCGAGGGCGGCAUGUUUCACGAACUCCGGAAUAUCCGAAACCUCGUCUUCGGAUUGCCUUUUGCGCCAGCCGGACACGACGAGAACGAAAGGUUUGAGGCCUACAUCACGGCGCAGGAUAGAAAAGACUUGCUCUCGACGACGUCCUCGUCCACCUACAUUGACCAACAGUACCUGAACGAACUAGUGGAUGAUUUCGAAGAACAGGUAAUCCCGACUUUGAGCGGAAUGGUGCUCGGCCGAGAACCUCUGGUCUGCCAUUUGAUCCAAGAGUACCUGACAAAAACAAACUCGCAUCAACGCCUCGCACUGGAAUUGCUGGGGAACUUUUUGGAUUUUGUCUUGAAAAUAAAUGUUGCCGGUACAUCAUCAACUGAAAUUCUUGCCCGGGAGAACAAGAAACACCUGCUCCGCACGAAGAAGCUGUGCCCCACGAAACUUCCGGUUCAGGCGGGCAAGCCGUUGUUGACGGUUUUUGAAACCGUUUUAGCGUCGCAACCUCACGGCGGAGAAGACCAAAGUGCGUGGUCGAGGGUGCCCAAGCGGUUGCUGCUUUUGAAGCUUCUCGAGGACAAGCUUUUCGAGGAUGAAGAUCAUCUGGUGGAUCAUCCGAAGGAGGGCGAAGUGAUGUUGAAAUCGACAGGACGAGCAGCGGCGCGACCAGCUAGAGGCACGGCCAGUACUAGUAGUACACGUAGAACUGCUAGAAGGUCUUGCUCUCGGAACAAAGAAGGGCGCAGGAGCUCGAAGAUUUCGUCGAAGCAAGGCCGCAGGAACGAUCGCAGCCACUCGACUUCCUCUAGUAGAAAAAGCGCUUGCUCUUCGACAGGAGGUCGCUCGAGCCGCAGCAGCUCCGCAGAUGAUGCCCGGCAAACAACCGGGAAGAAUCAAACCACUGUUAGUACUACCACCCCAUCCGGCUUUAUUGCGGCCGUGUCGCCGAAAACCUCUCAUCUUGCGGACAAGAUGAAAGUCAGCCUUCUACAGAACUCCACCGUGGAACAAACAUCGCCAGGCACAACUAUCCGAGGACUUCCAGCGAGAAUGAUUUCCAGCCCGUGGGCGAGCACCACGCUCGAUCUCAAUCAGCCGGCCAUUUGGUUUGCAAAAGCCUGGAGGGGGAUUCGGCUAUUCCCAAAAUUGGAACCGACGAGUGACUACUUCAUGCCUGUACGAGAAGCACGAGGAGGGAAGAAAUCAAAGACAAGUUCUACAGAAAGAGCUGCCCAGGAGGGCUUCCUCUCCCAAGUCGACUACUUCACGGAGUUAAGCACCAACGUUUUCCAACGGUUGCUCGACUCCUCGCCAGAUGCGAAAAAACUUUUCGAAACGCGCGGAACAGAGCUGGUUGCAGAGGGCCUGAUGGACAUGUUUCGCCCGAGGGGAGGACGGGGAAGAUUGCAUCUAGAAGACGAUAGUCAGAACCUCCAUCAACCAGUUUUCUACUUCGCACACAUCUUUUUUCUCAACGUGCUCUUCGCGGAUCUGUAUCCCAUCCUCGGCCACGGCCCGGACCCGGCGUUGUAUUCCGUUGUGCAUAAAAGAAGCAGCCAAGACGUCAUUUAUUUCAAUGAAAAAUGCCCUCAUCCCCGAACUUGGGAGCAUUUGUAUUGCAAACCUUUCCAAAUAAAACACUCGCCCUCUUGCAUCUAUCAACAUCACAGGUUUCCAAUCGUGAAUAGCAAAAAUUUGUAUUGCAACAGACCCCAGCAAGAGCGGCGCUUGUCAUGCAAGCGAUGCGAUACACGCCUAGACUCUGCAUCAGAAGGAUUCAUAUACAUAUUCCUUUCAUGCAUGACAAAAAGUUUUCAUUUGGCAACUUCGCACCACAAAUUUUUGCAAUUUCAGGGGUGGGGGGCACUUUUCACUGUAAUAUCAUCCCGGGGGGAAUCUGUGCGGAUUUGCGGCAAAGAGAGCACUUUUGCGACGGAGAUCGGGCGGAGAUGUUGGCGGGGGAUUGUUUCGAGAGUUUUGCGAGUGACGUGGCAAGGCCGUUGCCGCAGUUCCCAAUGGAAAUUGAUGUAAACCCGCAGGUGGAGAGUGUUGCGCAGAUGAUGAAAAAGCUGCAUUUGAAGGUCAAGGUGGAAAAAGAAAAGAAGGAAAAUGAUAAACACAGUUCUUCCUCGCCUUCAGCUGGAGCCGGUGCUAGUGCUUCUUCUUCUUCGGACAGGACGCGUACUACUUGCUCGGGAACAGGAACAGGAUCGGGAUUUGCUGCAGCUACUUCGUCUAGAAAUAAAAUGGGAAGUUGUGGAGGCGUCUCCUCCAGCUCCAGCAGCUCGCCGUUAUGCGGCAUUUCUCCCACCAAGAAAUCGACCGAACGUGGCAACACGGCCAGAAGCGCCUUUUUCUCGCUUGCAACGACUGUCGCACCGGCUGAAGACGAGAGGCCGCUUGAGAUUCUCGCGGAAGAUGAAAAGAUGGAGGACGUUGAGGCCCUAGCCAAUGACGAAAUCGAUGGCAUGCUUGAGAACCAAGAGGAAUCUUCUGCAUCUGACUCCGAGAAGAUGAACUACGAGGAACCGGAGCGGUCGGACGAGGAGGAUAUCGAAGAAGAGCCCUUCGACGACAUGUUAGACCUCGGCCCAGAACAUCCAUUCUGGAAUCAAGGAAGACCACUUCCCGAGGACGAGCGGAUGAAUGCCGAUGUUGACAGAUGGAGAGCGCCUAUUUUUAGGCUUCCUUUUCACCUCCCGCCCGGCGGUGCAGUCAGCAACAGAACCACGCCUGGCAAAAUGUGCGACCAGCUGUAUUUCUCCUUGUCCGAUGCGAAUCUCGACCCGAGGGCAGGAGCUUCAUCUACUUUGCAGCACGUGCUCUACCAUCCCACAUCCGGAAUGCCCGUGCCGGUUGAAGAAGCCGACUUGGAAAAUAGCCAAAAUCCUCUCCCCCCACCCUACCACCACCCUUAUACCGGAAUAGACAACAGCAGUACUCUGCUAAACGCAGCUGAAAAUAUGCUGAAAAGAGCGGAAGUCUUGCUCCCCUACGCUUUUCAGUGGGAGCUGCUGUUUCGCUCGAUUCCCGACGUGGUCCGGGACCACCAGCCCUGGGGAAGGAGAAACGCGAGUGGAAAAGAAGUCGCGGAAGACGUGCAAGCGAGUGGAAAAUUAUUGAAGCUGUUGGUGGAGACCGCGGCGCGGGUGGCGAAGGCGGAGGAGGAAAAAAAGCGGGGGGCAAGAAGUUCAAAAAAAUUCGGUGGAAGUAGUAGUAGACGAGGGACAUCAUCAUCAUCUUCACAAGAGCACCACGACGACGACGAGGACAACGUCCAGCACCUCAAAAAUCACAACCAAAUCAAGUACUACGUAAGCAGCUUCUUGCACGAAUUGUCCGUGGCCGUCAGAGAAACGAGAGACGAAACCAACCUGCUCUGGCGGAUUUGUGUUGCGCCGAGGCUACAGCUUGACAGAGGAAGUGGUAAAGAAUCAGGGAAAGCACUACAAGCGCAUUUGCCGGAGCACGUUCCGAGGAGGCUGCAGCUGCGGCUAGACAUGCUGAAUUUUAUCGAAAGACAUGUGUUGCAGGAUAGAGGAAUUGCUGCGGUGUUGAUGGACGGGCACUACACAGAUUCGUCGGAUGGAGAAGUUGUAGCCACGUUUGCGGGUACUAUUUGA